AGAGAAAGAGAGAGAGAGGUUGACAGAAGGUGUCCCCUCCCCAGCGUCCAGCCCCCAACUUUGACGUCACAGGCUGAGAGACACAAAACAAGCUGCACUCAGCUGAGCUCCUCACUCGAUUCUUCACUCAAUGCACUCUCCAACGCACAUUCACGCAUGCCCUCAGACACUUGCUUUGACACCCGCUCAGCCUUGUGCCAGGCUUGCAUGCAAUCAUCACUCUCUCCAGCGCAACGUUUACGCUCCAGCAUUAAGAAAACCACUUGGUCUCUCACUCCUCAGGACUGAAACAUGCUCCGUCACUUGUGAGUGAUGCCUGGAUCUGUGUGAAGCUGCCGAGAGGAGCGCACACGGGAGAAAGGAGUGCUCGGCAGCCCCCCUCCAGAGCCGGACCCCACGUCCCAAAGAAAGAGCAGAUGUGACAGAAGAGGAGAGAGGCGGAGAAAGAAACAAAAUCUCCCCCACCCCUCCUUCCUUCAUCUGGGAGAACAAUACCCAGCCUCCAGUUGGAGAGGGUCAGCUUUUGUCCCUCUCCCCACGCUCCCGCUCAAGAGCCAAGAGCAGACAGACGCGCUGACACACUGACCUGCUGCCGUGAGAGGAGAAGACAGCGCAACAACAGUUGCUGCGCUUUUUACGCAGUUUUGAUUCAGUACUUGGACAGCUCCUGAGCGACAACCACCCUGUGAACGUGUGUGUCUAUGAGUGUGUAGACUGUUCUGCUUUGGUUUGGAGACCAAGAGCCGCAGAUGCAGCCACCGUGUUCACUCCAGCUCGGCCCCUGUGGCCCCUCGCCAUCACUGGCAUCACAGGGCAGCAGUACAGGGAUCCAUCAGCUUGAAGAGAAGCAGCUCUUUGAGAAGUUUUGGAAGGGGACUUUCAAGGCUGUGGCCACCCCGAGACCAGAGAGCGUCAUCGUGGCCAGCAUCACCGCCCGCAGGAGGGUGACCAACUUCGAGACAACAGCCUGCCUGCCACUCAAGACUGAUGAGAGGAAAGCGGAGGACACUAGGGUGGAUGCCCCGAACAGAAAUGGCUGCAUCAAAGGAAAAGGACGCAAACACCACAGUCAUCGCAGGGCUAGGAGCCCCUCCUUUGAUGAAGAGCUCUCCCCCCGGCCCAAGGGGAAGAAGAAGAAAAGAAAGUCUGAACGGAAGAGGAAAAGGAAAAGGUCUCCUUCCCACAGCUUGUCGCCACUGAGGAAAAAGAAAAAGAAGAAGAAGAAGAGCUCCAAGAAAAGCAAGCGGCAUAGGUAUACCUCCAAAAAGUCAAAACACAGCUCUUCAAGUUUAAAACAUAAGAGAAAGGAUGAGCGCAAGCACAAGAAAAGUUCACGGACUCACUCACGGCGGAGACGACGCUAUCGGAGGUCAGAGUCAGACACUUCUUCCUGCCAAUCUUCUGCAGAGGACAGACACCAUCUGCAAAAAUCGGUGGUGCAUCAGGCAUUAGGAGGCCUGGCAGCUGUAGUAGAGGAAACCAAUGGAGUGCUUGACCACACGGACUUGAAGUGGAGACCUGCAACCAAAUCAGUGUGUAAAUCGGCUCCAAAAUAUCGUGCCAUCCUCUCAACUGCUACCAUUUUGUCGUCAAAACCUGGAAGCGAGCUUUUGCACAGAAAAGGAUCUCAGCAUUUUUCGAGCCAGACCGAAGGUCCACAUGAUUACGAUUCUGGGAAUGACACAUCUUCACCUCCAUCAAGCAAAACUGGCGUUUCUCGGGCGAGUGUCACUGACAACAAGAGGGACCACUCUAAACGUCUGGCCUCGCCAGAGAAGCUGAAGUUCACUGACAGAGACAACGUCUCUGACUCAGGAAACUCUGUGACUAGCUAUGCUUCCUUGUGCAAACCUUACGGGGAGGACGGCUUGUCUGCAGCCAUUUUCAGUGGAAACGGCAAGAGAGGGCAGAUAACCUUGGGGUGUCGGUUUGAGGUUGUGAGACCUCCAAAGACCUCUAGCUGUUCAAAGAGGAUGAGCAGGUCGUCUCGAAGGCGACCAAAAACUCGGCCAUCCAGCAGCAGGAGCAGGAGCAGGUCCUCAGGGAGUUCCAGAUAUUCCGGACGAUACUCUCGAAGCCUGUCACUGUCAUCUUGCAGCUCGUACUCGCGCUCACCGAGUUAUCCAGCUGAUCUGAGGCGGCGAGGCAGCGUGGCCAGCUUGAGUUCCAGAGGAAGCUACUCCAGAUACAGCGCUGACAGACUGCGAGACAGAAAGAGAACACCAAGCUCCAGAGAGACAGAUGUGAAGCAUGCACAUAAGGUUAGUGGGAAGAGACGAAGACGCAAAUCCUACUCUCCUAUGAAGAAAAGAAGGAGAGACUCACCAAGCCACCUGGAAGCACGCCGAAUUACAAGUGCCAGGAAGCGACCCAUCCCUUACUUCCGACCCAGUCCUUCUUCCAGCAGUCGGUCCACCAGUGUGUCGUCCUGGAGCAGCCUCUUCACCCGCAGCCGUAGUCGCAGCCCAAUCCACAGCAUAAGCCGGAGCAGAAGCCGGAGCCGGAGCCACAGUUACUCCUCCUACAGAAGCUACAGCCGCAGUUCAUCCUGGAACUCAAUUUUUGGGACUCGGAGUCGCAGCAGGAGUCGCGGUUCGUUGAACAAGCGCAACAAAACAAGGCAUUAGGUUUCUCAGAGAACAUUAAAGGACUGAAGCGCUGGCCGUGUUUCCAGUUGAGAGUUGGACAGUGCCAUGUUGGAGCUAUCAGCUGUGUACGUCUCCGUGCUCCACUUUGAUGCUUGAGUAGAAAUGUCCCAGCAGGGAUCUGACUACAUCUUUCAUUGAUGUAGUCUUGUUGAGUCUGCCCACAGAGACUGGAAACUGAAUGUCUUUUUGUUUGUUUGUUUUGUUCUUGUACAGCAUUGUCUUGCAUCAGCACCCACAACGGCCUGAGGCUGUUCAUCUCUUACAUAUUUACAAUAGAAACUGCACAUAUGACAGAAACAGUAUUCCUGUAUUUGGUCAACUAACAUCAACGCCCUAGUUUCAGCAGCACUGCAAUACCACUGUCAUACGUACACAUUUAUUCACGUGCAUUUGUUAGGAUUACUUAUGAACAAAAACAAGCGAGUCUAGUUAAUUUUGCUAACACGGCCAAACAUCAGUUGUGCAAUAACACAAGACAUAACAGCCAGCUUAACCCAACAGCUCAGCGUCUGUCUUUCAGCCUUUUAUUUCACGAAGCUUUCACCAGUCAGCCCAGCUUUACACUUGUUUAGCAGCCUCUUGCUCUUUUAUCUUCUUAGCUUCCUCCGUCAGCAUCCCCUUCUGUCCCUUUGCCGUUAUGUCCUGCUGCACCUGCUAAGCCGGGUUGCCUAGCUCCGAUUCUGGCAAGACACCAGCUCUGCUCCCAGUCUGCAUUUGCUGACACCCAGCGGCUGAAAACCACCUCUUCCCACCUGUAGUACAAACACUACCACUCCCCCAGUGCUCUGAGCUCACAGUCAGGGCAGCCUGACUGAGCAGACAUGAACUAACAGCAGCUAUAGUUCACAGCAGUAAGCGUUACAUGCUUCUUGCGGGUGAUAGUACCCAGAGCACAAAGUUACAGUGCAAGAACAAACGUAUGGGGCUAGAAUGGGAUUGACCUUUCACUCGCUUACACUUCAAAUGGAUUUAAAAUCUGUUAUCUUAUGGUAGAAAAGUUACGCAACGUUUAUCUUUAAAUUAUUCUU